GGACAAAUUUUGUAUAAAUGAUUGAUCGUUCUAUUGGAGUAGAACACGUAAUAAGAUCACUAGUCAUAUCAUUUUAAUUGUCAAGCCUCCUGUUAUCAUUCCAAAUAAUUGACAGAUAUUGAGGAUGGCAACAAAUAUUGUUUCUGAAUUUCUAGAGAGCGGCUUUAACUAUCCAAAUUGGAGUGUUUGCAUGAAGAAUUAUUUAAUGGCUAAUGAUCUCUGGGACAUUGUUGAAGCAACUACUGAAGCUCCUAAUCCAGAAGAGGCUGAAGCUGAAUUUAAGGCUUGGAGAAAGAAGAAUGCUGCUGCUUUACAUGCUAUUCAAAUAUCAUGCAUGCCGCAUAUACUUUUCCAGAUUAAGGAAAUCAGUUCAGCGAGGAUUUGUUGGGAUACUUUGGCCAAAAUGCAUGAGGUAAAGUCAUCAGGGGAUCAAAUACUGCCACAGGAAGCUGAGUUGCCGCCAGUGGAAGUGCUAUUACAGCUGCCAGCAGCAGUCAAUCCAGCAGGGACAGAGAGAGAUGUUUAUGUUGAAUUUCGUCCUCUACGCAACGCUAUAGAGAGAGGUGAUUUAAAUGCUGUGAAAGAAUUCCUUCGCGAUCGUCCAGAUGCAGUAUGCAAAAAGCUUAUAGAUAAUGGUUUUACGGCACUUCAUCUUGCAACUUCAACCGGAAAAUUGAAGAUGGUGGAGGAGUUGGUCAAGUUGUUGACUGAAGAAGAGUUGAAAGUAACUGACAACCUUGGUGGUACAGCUCUUUUACUGGCUGCUGCUACUGGAGCCACAAGAAUUGCAGAAUGCAUGAUAAAAAAGAACAGUGAGUUGGUUAGCAUUCCCGGAAAAGAUCACCACCUCCCAGUCAUAAUGGCAUGUACCUCCCGCCAUAAGGAUAUGGCCAGAUAUCUAUACUCCAUCACUCCAUUUGAAAUGCUUCGUCCAGAAAAUGGAAUAUAUGGAUCUUUGCUUCUUUAUGCGUCUAUUCCUAGUAAAAUGUUUGACAUUUCACUAGAUCUUCUCCAGAGAUGCCCACACUUAGCUACUACAUCAAGCCAUCUGGGAAUCACACCUCUGAUUCAAUUAUGUGGUCAGAGUGAUUUAUUCCCCAGUAGUGUCCGAUUUGUCUUCUGGAAACGAUGGAUCUAUUCUUGCAUUCAGGUGCAACUACCCGUUGCCCAGCAUACUGAUGUUCGAAUAUCGAUUCCACAAGAUGGCCACACGCAGCCUGAGAGCAUUUUAGUACGAGGGCUAGGUCCAUUGCGAAGAUUUGGUUCAAAUUUACUUCAAUUGUUUGGAAUAAAGCAGAUUUAUGAUUCAAAGUUGACCCACGCCUAUGCUCUUGAACUUUUACAUUGGAUGUGCAAACACAUAGCCACUAUAGAUGACACAAAACUUCAGCAAAGUGGAGUAUACGAUGCAUUCUUUGGAGCUAUCAAAUUUGGGACCAUUGAAGUCGUUAUUGAGAUGCUCAAAGCCAAUCCCAGUCUUUUAACUGUUUCAAACCCCAAACGCAGAGGCAUCCUUCAGUAUGCUGUUAAACAUCGGCAAGAAAAAAUUUUUAGCCUUAUAUACGCGCUUGAGACAAGAAAGCACUUGCUGAUCUCUUUAACUGAUUAUAAUCAAAACAACAUUUUACACACUGCAGCGAAGUUAGCACCUCCUGAUCGACUUGCAAGCAUUUCAGGUGCAGCUUUGCAGAUGCAAAGAGAGCUACAGUGGUACAAGGAAGUGGAAAGUAUUGUGGAUCCUUCAUUUCAAGAAAAUGUCAACAUGCUCCUUGAAACACCUAAGGAUAUAUUUUCUAAUCAACACAAGCAGUUAGUGAGUGAUGGAGAGAAAUGGAUGAAGGAGACAGCAACAUCUUGCACAGUUGUAGGCGCUCUUAUCAUUACUAUUAUGUUUACAGCAGCAUUCACUGUUCCUGGUGGUAACUUUCAAGAUACGGGCUUUCCAAUAUUCUUACAUAGAAAAUCAUUUAUGACUUUUAUAAUAUCCGAUGCAAUUUCACUCUUUGCUUCCUCAACAUCAGUAUUGAUGUUCUUAGGAAUCCUUACGUCUCGGUAUGCAGAGGAUGACUUCCUCAAGUCCUUGCCCACUAAGUUAAUUAUUGGUCUUUCCACCCUUUUCAUUUCAAUUGCAACCAUGAUGGUAGCAUUUUGUGCUACUCUUAUAAUAAUGUUUCAGGGAGAGCUAAAACUUGUAAUUCCAAUCACUUUACUAGCUAGUAUUCCUGUCACCCUUUUCAUACUGCUGCAAUUUCCUCUUCUUGUUGAGAUAUUUGUAUCCACGUACGGACCAGGCAUCUUUGAUAAAAGCAUGAACUAUUGGUACUGAGCAUACCACACAAGGAAGUGAUACCCUCUUCAACUUUUUGUGGGUUAGGAAAGCAGUAAUGGCUUUCACUAUUGAAAUCUCUCUCUCUCUCUCACUUCACUUCAUCCUAGUACCAUUGCCUUGUUGUACUUUGUGACCAUAAUAAUUGUUCGAAUAAAAAUAUAUUUUGUCA